AUGUCGCACUCUUUCGAGAUAAACGGAAAUUCUCCUUUUCUCUUCCUCCCUGAGCAUCUUCUCAUUUCAUUCUUGAACAAGGCCUCUUUCGAUGGAGCCGAUAUUGAUGAGAUCAUGAAGGAAGUCUUAGGCACUCGUAGAUUGUUCCUUUCGGAACCACGUCAUGAGUCCGAGAUCUUGAAAAGCGUACUUCGCAAGGGGCAGUUCCCUUUCACGCUGAAAGGUUACUUCAAGUUUGGUUUCCAGCCUUGUUCCCAGUGGAUGUCUGCGCAGAGUCGAGACCCAAACCGCGGCGAACAGUCAGUCAUUGUCGGUUUUGCGGAGCGAUAUAAGUCUGAAGAGGAUACAAAAGAUGGUUUGAAUAUCUUGAAGUUAUUUUUACAGCAAACACUCCAGGCUAUCGGGGCUUCAGCUUCUGACCCGUUUCCACGACCCCCUAUCGACCACUUGGUUGAGUGGAUCAAAUGGACCGCAGAUGCAUUGUUUGCUGAUGAGUUUCGAGACGGCAUCUGUGACAUGAUCAAGAUGCUGUGCAAGAGGGGCGAUGUAAUUGAUCUUUAUCAAGAUCGCUUUGGGGCCCAAGGUCAUCCAGAGACAGCACCCGACAACGCAGUCGAGCUUGCAAUGCAAUCUUACUGCCCCAGCUCUCUCCUUGAGAACUUUCUCAUGUAUCGCCCAAUUGGCGAAGGGCCACUGACCGCUAGGAGCAAGCUCUGGAGACGUUUCGGUUCUGAUCUGCCUCGAGGAACGCAUCGCGCUGUGUCAAACAUGGAGUGGAUCGUUGCUGGUAUUCACACCCAGUUCUACGGCCGAAGGUUUGGUCCUUUCACUGGUUAUGGUGAGAGACUCAAAGGAUUUGAUUACCCGGAUGGUAUUGCUGAAGUAUACAAGAUCAAGGCUUAUUUGCUUUCGAACGACUACUGUACCGACAACACUGAAAGGGAGGCCCUAAACAAUCUCUCUCAGGCGGUCACCAAGACCCAGGAGAUGAUGCCAUUCACUGGUCGUCUGCAUCAUAGUGAGGAGAGCGAGAAUGAAGGCUUAUUCAGACUUUUCAGUGCUAUAUCAUGCCUCGCUUCCGAUUCUUACAAAACGGAAUGCGAGAAUCUGACUGAGGAGUUUGGCCCACGACGCCAUCAAUUCAUCAUCAAUGAUCGAUUUGAUCCUCGAAUUGAAUGGAUGAAGUAUACAGCCGACGUCAAAAUUCCCGAGUUGCAGAGUGAACCUGGAAAGAAGUUUCGCGAUGAGGCUCUCGACAUCUGGCGACGCUUGAUCAUUGAGCGCGGCGACAGCCGUCGAUGGUGGGAUAUUACGGAGCAGGGUAAGUGGUUCGUUCCUAUUGAAGAUGUCAAGUCUUCUCUCAGAGUCGCGAAUCCAUCUGCUGCAGAUGCUAUGGGUCUGUAA